GCUGCGAUGAGCUUCCUGGGGCGAACGGGGUGCACUGGGGUCUCCAGCGUCCGUCUUGGCCUCCUGCUCCGGUUUUUCCUGCCGGUCUGUGCUACAGCAGGCUGCAGCCGUGAGUUCAGAGAUGCUCUCUCGCUUUCCUACAAUUUCUCCAUCACAUCUAAGACCAGGCCUGGACAACUGAGGUUUCAGAUUCAAGGUCAGGGCAAUGGAAACGAGUUUUCUUCUUACUGGCAUGGGAGCGAGCAAGUCAAACCCAUUGGUCCUUGGGGGAUGAAGCUGAAAGACACAGCAUUCUGGGGGACACAGAGGGAACCUCUGGAAGACCUGGGGGAAGCUCAGAAAAAACUGCUGGACAUUAAAGUAGAGAUUUUCACUGAGAGUGGUGAGUCUGAAGAUUUUCUUACCAUGCAGGGCUGCCUGAUGUGUGAGCGGGGGGCCAACGGACACACCAGAGGAUCUUGGUGGUUUGCCUUCAAUGGGCAGUCAACCCACCUCUUUGACUCAGAAAACAGAAAGUGGACAGUGGUUCCACCUGGAGGCCAACAGUUCAUUGGCACGUUGGACAAUGAUGAAGAGCUGACCAAGCUCCUCAUGGGGACCGCAAACAGAGACUGUAAGAGCUGGCUCCAGCAAGUAUGGGAGCACUGGGAUGAAAUGCAGGAGACCAAGGUGCCACCAGCCACACAAGGUACAGCCCCAGGCAAGGCCACGCCCAUCGGACCCUGCACAUGGAUCUUCCCCCUGCUCCUCAGCUGUGCAGUCAUAAUGGACAUCCUUGUCAGAGACCAUUAGAUCCACAGGCUGCCAAGUCCACCAAGAAGCCCCUCAGUGUGGGGACCAGCUCAACGACUCUACCUCUGGGCCCGCUGCCUUUGCAUGAGCUGCUGUUCAUCAUUAGACCGGCAGCACUUCCAAAUUUACAAAUCCAGAACCUCAGUCCAGCCACCUGGUGCAGGACAGGGAACCUCCCAUGUCCCUUCUUGCAUUUCAUCCCUCUCCUGUUCAGCACUUUGCACUAGCAUAUUCUAUGCCAUUUUCUCCCGGUGCUCAGUGAUGGAAUUCCUGCACUGAAGUGUUAAAUACUUGAAUGGGGAAUCUCUACAAAGAGAACAUUUUCCGUCUUGUCCUUUGGUUGUUUUCAACAAAGAGAACAUUUUCCUUCUUGUCCUUUGGUUGUGCAAUAUUGGAUUCUUCUCUGUAAGAGGACCAUGUCCUUGCAGACAGUAUCCCCAAAAAGAUAUUUAUGGAAGCUCUAGAUCCUCAGGGAUUUUUUUUCUAUGUACUGAGAAACAGGCUCAUGUGACAUAUUGUGAUUGUUUUCUUCAGUAAAUUAUG